AUGAACGGAUUCAAAUCCCCCGCGAAGGGUGCGCGGGGAGAGGCGGCGGCAGGCGCGGGUUACGUCACCGCGCUCUCGCAGAUUCAGAGGGCCAGUCGAAAACUCUCCGACGAGCACCCCAAGAAGAAGUUCGGAGUUCCCUCAUCAGCACAUGCAGAUUGCCAGUGGUGGAUAAAGCAUAUCAAUACUCCGGACAAAAUCUUAAUUCCGGAACUGACGUGCUCA